AUGGAAAUCUACUCCCCUUCCAAAGGAACCGAAGAAAGAACUAGAUUAUAUAAAGACUUUCAUGAAGAACUAUCCGAACUAAAAGAAGUUUACGGCAUAAGACACAAUACCGACCAAAAAGAAGAAAGACAAAACAACCCUGAAAUAGACAUGAUAAAUUUAGGGGAACACCAAGCCGAAAUGAUGUUGCAAGAGCAAGUGGAAAGUUUGGAGGAAGAAAAAAGGUCGGAACAGUCGGAACAAGAAAAUAAAGAAGCAGUAGAAGAAAAUGCUACUUUAUUAGUUAAGGAGAAAUAA